AUGCAUUCCUCUCUUGUCGCUAUCCUUGGUGCCUUGGCCAUCGUCCAAGCCCAGCCCACCCACAACGCCAAACGUGACAUCAUCGCAGCUCUCCCUGGAAGUGCCGAUACCACUGAGACUAAAUUCCAGCCGCUGCUAGACUUUGACUCUGACGGCUGCUACAACACGGCUGCUAUUUCCCCUGAUGGCACAACCAACCCUGGAAAGGGUGCGACUGGUACUCCCCAGGGCGGAUGCCGGGAUCCUCCUCAGCUCCAGAACAGCAAUGCCUAUUCUCGAAAGCGCUGCAACAACGGAUAUUGCGCCAUCAUGUACGAGUACUUCUUUGAGAAGGACCAGGCUAUUGGAGGAAGUUUCCUAGGUGGACAUAAAUUCGACUGGGAGAACAUUGUGGUCUUUGCCAAGGGCGAUCAGGUCGUUCGCGUCGCACCCUCAUGCCAUGGAAAGUACGAGAACGCCAGAAACGACGUCCCACUGUCCGGAAGCCGGGUACAGGCUGUGUAUCACAAGGAUGGUGCUGCAACUCACUGCUUCCGUUUCGCCAACAGCGAUGACAUUGCCCACCCUGAGAACCCCUUUGGUUCUUUCUAUACCAGCCCUCUGGUUGGCUGGAAUAACUGGCCUAGCACUGACCUCCGCAACAAGAUGCUCUCGACAUGGAAUGGUGGAGUUGGCCCCAAGUUGGAUGAUGAGUUCACCGAUUCGCUCAGAGCUGCUGCUGGAAGUGGUGUACCAGGUUUCGACCCUGCCCUUGACGCUUAG